AUAACAAAGCCGUUCAGCAGUUUAUAAGUCGAAUGAGAGAAAAAUACGAUAGUAAGAUUCCAGUACCAGGUGAGCGCUUUAGUUAUGUAGUGUCUCACCCUGAAAACACUUUUGAUUUACAUGGUAGAAAAUUAAUGCCAACUAAGGGUGAAAAAAUGGAAUUCGCCGAUGUAGCUAAGGAAUUGGGAAAGGAACUAGAUUUAUACCAUUAUUUCGAAAAAACUAUUAUUGGCCUAUGUGCCCAAUUUAUCAUAUAUAACAAGAAGUAUAAGCCAGAACCCUCAAGUCAAAUCAUGCGAAUCGAAGACCCAGAUAAGAAAUAUAAGCAAAUUGAUGACUACGCUCAAAACAAGGCUAAGUCAUGGCUUAAGGGAUUU